AUGGAGCCCCCGAACGGUUCUGGCGAUGUUGAUGCAUCUCUCGACUCCAAUGUCGAGUUUCCUGGAAUUCGACUUCGUGCCUACCAGGCUGAGAUGCUGGAAGCGAGCCUACAAGCGAACAUUAUUGUAGCCUCGGAUACAGGCAGCGGCAAAACGCAUAUGUUCCUCAUUUGGUUUCUCGCACCUACUGUAACACUAUGCGAACAACAGUUUAGCGUGUUCAGAUCAAAUCUCCCAGCAUACGAAACGCAACUGCUUACCGGAAAUGACGAUGUCGACCACUGGACUGACCAGACUACCUGGGACGCUGUGCUGGCUAACGUUCGUAUUGUUUUGUCGACGCAUAUGAUCCUUCUCGAUGCGCUCACUCAUGGAUUUGUUAAGAUGAGCAAGUUAGCUCUGCUCAUAUUCGACGAAGCUCAUCACUGCACCAAAAAGCACCCUGCGAACCUGAUCAUGGCAAAUUUUUAUUUACCGAAACUUCACGAGGAUGUGGAUCUACCCAUGAUACUUGGGCUCAGCGCAAGUCCGGUGAUGAAAGCAAAAGCCAGUGACGAAGCGCUUGAGUGA